AUGGCUGAAGCAGAUGCUGAAUUAAAACAAUUAAAAAAUAUUCGUGCUACACAUAAAGCACAACUGACAAGGUUUAGAAACUUUUUAGACAAGUUUAAAACACAAGAUGUGCCAGAUUUAGUUCAGCUUGAGCUUCGAAUGAAUAGUUUAGAAGGCAUUUUAGAUUCUUUCAAUACAACACAAACAAACAUAGAGGCUUUAGAUGUAGAUACGUCCGAGGAUGAGCAUUCACUCACGCGGUGUAAUUUCGAGGACAACUAUUUUGAGUUAAUGUCGAUUGCAAAGAGGUUUUUGUCAUUACAUGCAGUCCAAAAUGAACCUAAUGUGUCUAUACACUCAUCAUCAAGUGGAAUACAAGAGGCAAGUACACCUAAUAUAAAGCUACCACAAAUUACUCUUCCAACUUUCGAUGGAAGUUAUGAACACUGGUUGUUUUUCAAGGACACAUUUGAAUCUCUAAUACAUAAGGAACCUUCAAUUCCUUUAAUAAACAAAUUUCAUUAUCUUCGUUUGUCCUUGAAAGGUCAAGCAGCAGACCUUCUUAAAUCAUUAGAAUGUUCAUCGAGUAAUUACGAGGUAGCUUGGCAGUUGUUAGUAGAUAGAUAUGAAAAUAAACAAUUAUUAGUAAAAAAUCACAUCAAAGCUUUAUUUCAACUUGACUCAAUCAGUAAAGAAUCAUUUUCUGGGCUACGUAACCUCUUAGACAGCAUGACAAGACACUUAAGGGCACUUGAAGUUUUAGGUCAACCGGUUAGUUCCUGGGACGCAUUGCUAAUCCAUUUGGUUUCAUCCAAGCUAGAUAAUAAUUCAAGACGUGAAUGGGAAGCUGAUUCUUCAAAACUAGAGAGUAUAACUAUUGCUGAUUUCACCAAAUUCUUACAAGAAAAAUGUAAAAUCCUUGAAAGUAUUCAGUCUACACAAACACCAACUACUUCAAGAAAUAUUAGAGGGAUGUCAGUAAGUAAACACACCCCAAAAUGUUGUUUCUGUCAAAAGGAGCAUACUAUUUAUAACUGUAACUCUUUUAUUGCUCUAAAUGUCCACUCACGAUUAUCAGAGGUUAAACGCCUUAAACUAUGUAUAAAUUGUCUUCGAAAUAAUCAUGUUGUAAAGGAUUGUCGCUCUAUUCCAUGUCGAAAAUGUCAGCAAAGACAUAAUACAUUGCUCCAUAUUGAUUAUACUCAAAACUCUAAAACAAAACCUAUUCAGAAUAGUCCAGAUCAAUCAUCUAAUGAGUCAUCUAGUUCUAAUCAUGAAAUAAAUCAAGACAAUAUUAGUUCAAAUACUAUAAACCUUUCUGUAUCAUCGUUUGAUUAUAAAUCUGCUAAUGUUUUAUUAUCAACCGCUGUUGUCAAUAUAUUUGACAGCAAUGGACGAAGUCAUACAUGUCGAAUUCUUUUAGAUAAUGGUAGUGAAGCUAGUUUUAUUUCAGAAAGUCUUUUCGAAAAGUUGAAAUUACCUUCAACAGCAGUUAAUUUGUCAAUUACUGGUAUUGCUCAAAAUCAGGCAAAGGUCUUAAAGCAAACAAAACUUCUAAUAGAAUCUAGACAAUCAAACUUUAAAAUAAAUAUCAACUGUUUAGUAUUGCCAAAGAUUACUUCAAAAAUCCCUUCAUUUGUUUUCGAUAAAUCUGAUUUAAAUAUUCCCGCAAACUUAAUAUUAGCAGACCCAUCUUAUCAUAUACCAGGUAGUGUUGAUUUGCUUAUAGGAGCCGACUAUUUUUGGGAUUUAUUAAAUAUUGGUCAAAUAAAACUUGGCAAAGACUUGCCUAUUUUGCAGAAAACUAGAUUCGGUUGGGUCAUUUCUGGUAGAUUUUUCCCUAAGAAAUACAUUCAAAAGGAUAGCUCUGGGCUUUCUUGUAACUUUUCAUCCAUAAACAAUUCCUUGGAGAAUAUGUUGGAGAAAUUUUGGAGUGUAGAAGAAUAUAGCUAUUCUGAACAUCUUUCUCCAGAAGAAAAGACAUGUGAAGAGUUAUUUGUAAAAUCCACUGUAAGAAAUCCAGAUGGCCGUUUUGUCGUACAGUUACCUUUUAAAAUAUCCCCAUCUUGUCUUGGUGAUUCAAAAGAAAUCGCUUUGAAACGCUUUUAUUCUUUGGAGAAAAAAUUUCAAAAAAAUCCUCCUCUAAAAAAGGAAUAUUCUGAUUUUAUACGUGAAUAUGAAACUUUGGGUCACAUGACUAGAAUUGAUUCAGUAGACCACGAGAAACCUCACUUCUAUCUACCACACCAUUGCGUUUUUAAAGAAAGUAGCACUACUACGAAAGUUAGAGUAGUGUUUGACGGAUCUUCUAAAACGUCCAGUGGCUUUUCGUUGAAUGAUAUCCUUUGUGUGGGUCCUACUAUUCAGAACGAUCUAUUUUCAAUUAUUUUAAGGUCUAGAAAGCAUAAGAUUGUUUUAAUAGGUGAUAUAGCCAAAAUGUAUAGGCAAGUUCUAAUUAAAAAUAAUCAGAGAAAUCUUCAACUUAUAUUGUGGCGAUCUGAUCCAGAUUCAGAAAUUCAAACUUAUCAGUUAAAUACUGUAACUUACGGAACCGCAUCAGCCUCCUAUCUAUCUACUCGUUGUUUACUUGAAUUAGCCCAUGAAUGCUCUAAGACAGACCCUGAAUUAUCUAAAAUUAUAUCUAACGAUUUUUAUGUAGAUGACCUUUUUACAGGAGGUUCUUCAGUUGAAGACGUUUUAAACAUUAAAACUCGUAUUUUGCUCAUUUUAAAUUCGGGUGGUUUUGAACUUAGAAAAUUAAUGUCGAAUAAUAUUGAAGUUGUAAAGGAACAACCAUCUUCUGAAACACUAUUAUUUUUUGAUCAGUCAUUAGAAACUAAAACUCUGGGUCUUACUUGGGAUUCUAGGUCUGACACGUUUAAAUAUAGUAUUUGCUCAAAUAAUGACACUAGUUUUACAAAGAGAACAAUCCUCUCAACUAUCGCUAAAAUUUUUGAUCCUCUUGGUUUAAUUGCUCCAAUCAUUAUUGUUGCUAAAAUAUUAAUACAAAGGCUUUGGCAGUCAAAGAUCGAUUGGGAUGAGUCUAUACCCUUGGAUAUCUAUAGAAGCUGGAUUAAUUUCAGAUCACAUUUAAUAGACAUCAAUAAUAUUAACAUACCUCGUUACAUAUUAUCAACUAAUACACUCACUACUGAGUUACAUUGUUUUUCUGAUGCAAGUGAACAGGCAUAUGGGGCAUGCAUAUUCAUUAGAACCAUAGAUACAGAUAAUAGUAUCACAGUAAAUUUGCUUUGUGCUAAAACUCGUGUGAGUCCGUUAAAAAUUAUUACAAUGCCUCGGUUAGAAUUAUGUGCAGCUCUUCUAGGGGCUCAACUUCUGAACAAGGUAAAAGAUAGUUUAGAUAUCAAGGUCGAUGAAUACUUCUGUUGGUGUGAUUCACAAAUUGUUUUAUCCUGGAUUUUAUCACCGUCACAUCACUGGAAAAUAUUUGUUGGAAAUCGUGUGUCUCAGAUCCAAACUCUCACUAGUAGUGAUGCAUGGUUUUAUAUAAAUUCUAAGGAGAAUCCCGCCGACCUUCUCUCUAGAGGUGUUACACCUGGAGAUUUGAUAAAUAAUCAAUUAUGGUGGAAAGGUCCUACUUGGCUUUCAGCAUCUAAGGAAAAAUGGCCUACGUAUUCUCCCACUGAUGAGAGUGUAUGUGACAUAGAUGUUUCAAAUGAACGAAAAACAGUUAAACCAUUAUCAUUCACAGUAACCACUAAUGAAAACAAUUUCGAUUUAUUAACAAAAUUUUCAUCCUUCACAAAAUUACAACGUGUAACCGCUUACUGUAUAAGAUUUUCUAUAAAUUGCAAAAAUCCUGAUAUAAAAAGAACUGGUUCAUUAGACACAAAAGAAUUAACAAAUGCUUUAAAUAUUCUUAUUCGUUUAAUACAAAACGAUGUUUUUGCCAAGGAAUUUUCCACAUUAAACAAUUCAAAAUCUGUAAAUAAUAAAAGCAAAUUAAUAAAAUUACAUCCUUUUAUAGAUCGUGAUAAUAUAAUUAGAGUAGGCGGCAGACUUAGACACUCUAAUUAUAAUUAUGAUAAAAAAUUUCCUAUUAUUCUUCCCGGAAAACAUUACUUCUCCAAACUUCUUGUAGAAUAUGAACAUAAGAGGUUACUUCAUGCAGGGCCUCAACUUUUACUUUCUUCUAUACGUGAGAAGUUUUGGAUUCUUUCAGGAAGAAAUUUAGUUAGACAAGUUGUAAGAAAUUGCACUGUGUGUUACAGAUGUAAUCCGGUCCCUUCAGAACACCUAAUGGGUGAUUUACCAUCCUAUCGAAUUAGUCAGUGUAGACCGUUCUUUAAUGUUGGUGUUGACUUUUGUGGUCCAUUUAUGUUAAAAGAUAGGGCACCCCACUUUGGAGGAUUAUGGGAGGCAGGAGUAAAAUCCGCUAAGUUUCAUAUAAAAAGGGUUAUGAAAGAUGUACCACUGACGUAUGAGGAAUUCUUAACCAUUUUAACUCAAAUUGAAGCCUGUUUGAAUUCCCGACCUUUAUAUCCUUUAACUAACGAUCCUUCCGAUAUUCAACCAUUAACACCCUCCCAUUUUCUGAUCGGAGAAAGGAUUACGACCAUACCAGAAGAUGACUACACUACAAUCCCAAACUGUCGUUUGUCCAGAUUUCACAUGCUGCAAAAAAUAAUUCAGCAUUUUUGGAAAAGAUGGUCGAAGGAAUUUAUCUCAGAGUUACAACAACGCUCUAAAUGGCAACGAAAUUAUUCUCAAUUGCUCAAGCCUGGUGUCAUUGUUUUAAUUAAAGAAGACAAUAUUCCUCCUUUGAAAUGGAGUUUGGGUAUUGUUGAAGAAAUCCAUCCUGGAUCGGACGGCGUAGUUAGGACAGCCACUGUCAGAACUUCAGUAAACACUGUGAAGAGACCUGCUGUCAAGUUGUGUGUACUACCAAGUGAAGAUUUACAAUUAUAA